ACGAGCAUUCCUACGUGCAACGGCACAGAGACUCAUUCAGUCACAUAGUAUAAUCAACUUUAGUAGACAAGUGACAUUAAAGUUAACUUUUAAAAUUUUAUCAACGCCAACAUAUGUCCGUACAAGCAUAUAGCUUUCCAAAUUUGUGGUUCGUCAAGCGGUGCGAUCGGUGUUAACUCGAGGCGUUCGGGUCAGACGCAGUUGCCCGAUCAAAGUGUGCCAACAUCGGCGGAGGAUCGGCCACUGUCGCCCCUCCAGAUGUAAACGCGAUGGCUCCGCUUGGGAAACAACGGCGGUCGUCGAACGCUCGGACAACAUGGAGGACGUCUCGGCGUAGCGAAAUGGUUGGGUGGGGAGUAGGAAGCUGCUACGCGUUGACUGGAGGGAGACGGCGAGUGAGAUGGAGGCGGGGGAAGAAUCAUCUCUGCGGGGACUGGAGCCGAGGACCGACGGCGCAGUACUGGCGAUCGUUCAACCCUCCCCUUCUUCCUCCACAACGACGCCGAAGCUCACGCCGUGCAGCAAGACCCGGACUACCGACCACCGAGCUCGAAGAACCCGCCUUCUAGACCUCGCUUGUGCUCUUUUUGGGAGCCCUCGUGGUUGAGUUCUCUGCCCGUCAUUUCGUCGCCGAGCAGUGCGCCAUUGGACCUUGUCACGAUUCAAAAAGGUAUCGCCCACAAAUGAAUGGAGACAUGGAGACAACAUGCGACAUAGCCUGGGCACAGGAUGACCUCCUCCAGCUGCUGGAAGCCAUGAAGGUGGCCCUGCCCCAAAAAGACCUGACCAAAUACAAGACGUCAGAGUCCCACCUGGACUGGCAGAAGGUGGCCUUCAAUUCCUACACUGCCGAGAUGUGCAAGCAGAAGUGGCAGGAGGUUUCUAAAGAGAUCCGUAAAUUCAGAACCUUAACGGAGCUCAUAUUUGAUGCUCAGGACUACAUCAAGAACCCAUAUAAAGGCAAGAAAAUAAAGAAACAUCCGGAUUUCCCCAAGAAGCCCCUGACGCCAUACUUCCGCUUCUUCAUGGAGAAGCGGGCCAAGUAUGCAAAGUUGCACCCGGAGAUGAGCAACUUGGAUCUGACCAAGAUCCUGUCCAAGAAGUACAGAGAGCUGCCCGACAAAAAAAAGAAAAAAUAUGUGGACGACUUCCUGCGGGAUAAAGAGACAUUUAUGCACAGCAUGAUGAGGUUCAGGGAAGAACACCCCGACCUUGUGGAGAGCAUGACCAAGAAAAGCUCAAAUGUCCCCGAGAAGCCAAAAACGCCCCAACAGCUGUGGUACACCCACGAGAAGAAGGCUUUCCUCAAAGGCCACCCGGAUGCCACCACCAAAGACAUCAAGGACUGCCUGGGCAAACAGUGGACGCAGCUGUCGGACAAAAAGAGACUCAAGUGGAUCGCCAAGUCGUUGGAGCAGCAGAAACUGUAUGAGGGGACAAUGCGAGAAUACAUCCAACAGCACCCGGAAUUGAACCUGACCCAGGGGGAUAUCGUCAAGUCCACACUGACCAAAGCCGAGAGGCACCUGAAGGACAAAUCUGAUGGGCGGCCUGACAAACCUCCACCGAACGGCUACUCCAUGUUCUGCGCCGAGCUGAUGUCCAGCAUGAAAGACGUGCCCAGCACGGAGCGCAUGGUGAUGUGCAGCCAGCGGUGGAAGCUGCUCAAGCAGAACGAGAAGGACGCCUACCAGAAGCGCUGUGAACAGAGGAAGAAGGAGUAUGAAAUAGAGAUGAACAGAUUCCUCAGCAGUUUGUCUGAGGAGGAGCAGCAGCGGGUCCUCGGCGAGGACAAGGUCGGCUUCAAGAGAGGCAGCGUGGCCAACAGCCCCGCGUCCAAAAAGAAGAACUCUAAAGCCAAGGUCACCCCAGAAAAACCCAAGAGGCCCAUCUCCGCCAUGUUCAUCUUUUCGGAGGAGAAGCGCCCCAAACUGCACCAGGAGCGCCCAGAUCUCUCCGACAGCGAGCUCACCAGGCUCCUGGCGCGCAUGUGGAACGAGCUGCCGGACAAGAAGAAGGAGAAGUACAAACGACUGGAGGCCGUCCUGAAGGCGGAGUCUGAGAAGAAGGAGGAUCGCAGUCUGCCGGACCCGCCCAAGACGGCGCAGGACAUCUGGCAGCAGAGCGUCAUCGGAGACUACCUGGCGAGAUUUAAGAACGACCGUCCAAAGGCCCAGAAAGCUAUGGAAGCCACUUGGAGCACCAUGGAGAAGAAGGAGAAGAUCAUGUGGAUAAAAAAAGCAGCAGAGGACCAGAAACGAUACGAGCGAGACCUGUGUGAGAUGCGCUCGCCCGUCGCCACCGCCGUGGCCUCGGGGAAGAAGAUGAAGUUUGAGGGCGAACCCAAGAAGCCGCCGUCGAACGGAUAUCAAAAGUUCUCCCAGGAGAUGUUGUCCAACGGAGAGCUCAACCACCUCCCCAUGAAGGAGAGGAUGACGGAGAUCGGCAGCCGCUGGCAGAGGUUACCCCUGAAGGACAAGGACCGCUACAAGAAGAUCGCGGAGGAGAUGCAGAGGCAGUACAAAGUGCUGCUGGAGCAGUGGCUUGCUAGCGUGUCUUCUCAAGUGAGGAACACGUACAAAGAAUAUAAUUCUCAGAAAAGGAAAAGUACGGCCAAACCAGGUGGACCCAAGGCCAAAGCCAAGAAAUCCGACACAGAGGAAGAGGAGGAGGAAGACGACGACGAAGAUGACGACGACGACGAGGAUCAGGACAGGGCUUCCUCCGACGGCGCCUCCUCCAGCGAGGAUGAAGAGGAAGAAGAGGAGGAGGAAGAAGAUGAUGAUGAGAAUGACAAGGAAGACGAAGACGACGACGACGAAGACGACGACGAGGUGGAGGACAAAGAGAACAAGUCGGAAGACAGCAGCAGCGAGUCGAAUUCGGGGGACUCGUCGGACACCGAAUCGGACUGAAAGCGGGCGCGGCGGCGUCGCCGCGGCGACAGACGGACUGAGCAGCGCUGAGCUGAGCCACAAGGGUCCAUCCAGGGAGCUCUGCCACUGUGCCAACCCCCCCUCUCUCUCUCACCACCUCCCACCACCAGAGGGCGCCCCUGCAAACGCCUCCUCCCAUUUCACAUACCCGCUUUUUUUUUUUUUGUAACAUUUUUCUCAGUUUUUGUCCAAAAUCCCAAAUUUAGUCCCGAGUUAACUCGAGAACUGCAUCCCGCUGGUUUGGCGAUGUUGCAAACUUUUUUUCCCCGCCAUCUUUUUUUUGACAAUUUACGGUUCAGAGUUUUAAUGUGCCGAGCCUCCUGUUUCUUAUUUUAUUGUUGUGUGUGUGUGUGUGUGUGUGUGUGUGUGUGUGUGUGUGUGUGUGUGUGUAUGUAUGUAUGAGCGGUGAACAGGCUUCUCAGAGCCAAAGAACAUAACCAGGUGGGGGAGGGGGUGAGGCCGGGGGGGCGGCUGUGUGUGCGUGUAUGAAAUAAUUGCACUCUUUAGAAUGUCUACUUGUUCAUACUUCUUUUCUCCCUUCUCUUCUUCUUCAAAUUUGGAUUUUAUGGUUUCGUUCUUAAAGAGGUGGUAUUUUUUCAGAAAAAAAACCCAACAAGCCAUGAUGAAUGUCUGUUUUUUUUUUUUUUAAGUCGCUGGAAUAUUCUGAUUUCUUCAGCCGUGUUCUCGUUUAAAAGCUGUUAGUGCCCAUAAAGUUUGCAACCCCUCCUUUUUCACAAAUUAGCUUCAUUUAGCGCCUGUUUUUCUUUUUUUCCGGACACAACAGCCAAUAAAUGUUGCAUAAUUUCCACACUUUAUUGAUUAGAGUUGAAAAGAGAGUGUGCCUUGACAUGGCUUCUUGUCUACAAAAUCUACAAAAGGAAGCAGAUUACACAUUUUUCAUUAAAAAAGCGAGGGUGUUGAAACUCUGUAUGGGCACUGCAAAUAUAUUUUUAUUUCAUAUGAUGUGUCAUAAUACAGUGACACAUUCGGUUAUGUUUGUGUGAAACAAUUCCUCUCGGUUUGCAAGUUUUUGACUUUUAAAACUAUUUUUUUUUUGUUCUGUCCUGACAGAAAUAAACCAGUUUGUUGUGCGACCACAGAGUUUGCAAUGGAAGCUGUUAUUUAAAAGAAAAAAAAAUGGAUUCAAAGUUUAAUUGUUGACCGGAAAUCCUUAUUCAUUUAAGUGUUGUUGGUUGCCCCCGCCCAAAAAUAUGCACUUACAGCAAAUGUGUCCAUUUAGUGUGAGUCUGUGUGUAUGUGCAUAUCACAGCAAUAUCAUGAAUGUACAUACUGUCCAUUUUUUUCCUGCUUUGCUGUGAUUGGUUACCUACACACACACACAUUCAUUAAAGUGGCUGGCUGUAAAAGGGAGCAGAGUUGCCAGUGGAGUUGGGUUAGGGGGGGAGAACAACUUGUAUUUUUUCUUGUAAAUACUGUUUUAAGUUUGUAUGGAGUGCUUCAUGUUUUGUUUAUAUUUUUCAUUUGGCAAAUUCUCACUUGCGACCUCUUGCGUUGUUGUCCUGUCGGUCGCUUGUUUGUUUGUUUUUUUUCCUUCAAAAGAGCAAAAGCUUUACAAGGUUUGUACUGCUGAUCAUUUCACAAAAAGAAAUUUGAUGUUUUCUAUAGCUGAGGGUGUUCUUAUGUACUUGUAGUUCAAGUAUUUGGGCAAAUAAAAAACAAUCUUGGACAGUUAA